AUUUUUGGGCUUUAGAAGUUGUAAAUCAUAUCUACAAUGAUGCUCAUGAUUAUUAAAUAAUUACCUCUAUUGUAUUUGACUGUCCGUAACAUAUUCUAAGCAUCGCAGUUGGGCGCCAAACCGACACUGUGUUUCUGAGUAAUUAAAUUAAAAAAAAGGUUUUGAUAAGUUUAGUGCAAUGUCGGAGAUGAAAGAGCUCAAACUAAAACAAGAGAGCAUUUCUACAAGCUUCGAUACCAGAGAUCAGAUCGUAGAUUUGAAAGUUGUAGAAUUAGAGCUUAAGUUUGAAGCAACUGCCACUAGAGUUGAGGAUUCUCUUACAAUCGCACGGUCCCAAAGCUGCCACAUAUGUGGUAAGGAAAUCUCGAUCAAAUGUUCUAUGAAACAACAUCUGCUAGUACAUACAGGAGAACGAGCUUACAAAUGUGAUAUCUGCGGUAAAUCGUUAGCAUCUUAUAGCAACCUGAAGGUGCAUGAGCGUCGACAUGCUGGCGACAAACGACACAAGUGUAGCCUUUGUGAUAAAGCUUUCGUCAGAAGUACGGAACUCAUAAUGCACAGUUACACCCAUAGCGAUAUCAAACAACCAAAAUGUAGCAUUUGCUCGAGAAAAUUCAAUUCAACCGAAAAACUUGACUUGCACAUGCGAACACACAACGGGGAGACUUCAAGCAGUUGUGAUGUUUGUGGCAAGGAAUUCAUUAAUAAAUACAAACUAACAAGUCACAUGCACUCUCACACUCGUGAGUUUCAAUGUCGGAUCUGUGAUAAGGCUUUCGUGCGAAAACAAUUGCUUAUAGCUCACGAACGAAUUCAUCGUACGGAUGAAGUGCUACCAAACGUCCAUAACGGUAAAUCCGUUGAAUCCGAUGAUCGCAAUGUGAAACAAAACCAGGUUAUUGAUUCGGGUGAAAACAUACCGUCUCUAACAAAACAGUGCGAGCUUUGCUCGAAAGAAUUCGCCUCAACAUAUCUAUUUAAUCAACACGUUCUAACGCACUCGAGUGAAAAGACAUUUGAAUGUACUGUCUGUGGUAAGACAUUCUACACAACAAGAGCACGAUACAAGCAUAUGCGUUGUCAUAUUGGUGAAAACCUGUACAAAUGUGGCGUUUGCACCCGAUCGUUCCCUACUCCCAGUAUCCUAGAUCGGCACACACGAGUCCACACGGGCGAACGGCCCUACAAGUGUACCAUCUGCGGAAAAGAGUUCGCCCAAAAGGGAGGUCUUACAACCCACCUGCGUGUGCAUACCGGAGAACGGUCAUUCAAAUGCAACGUUUGCGAUAAAACAUUCACGGCAGCGCGUUCACUGGAACGGCACCACGUGCUACAUUCCGACGAAAGACCAUUCGCGUGCGAUGUGUGCGGUAAAAAUUUUGCCAGCAAUUCCCAUUUAACGCGUCACACGAGAACGCAUUCUAGCGAAAGGUCGCCGCGAAAGUAGCAUAUAGGUCUUCAGAAGGUAAAUUAUUAAAUGUCCUAUCUGUAAUUACAAAAACAACGAUUCUGUCUACUGUUUUUGAUUCGCUUUUCUUUUAUUAAUUUAUUUUAACAUAGUAUCUUAAAGCUAACUUGUAUUAAAUAAAGUUCAGGCUCUAAAUUAAGCAAAGCAAAGCAAAGCCUAGGUGCUACAUUCCGUAAUCGAAACUUGGCCUUCUGUUUUUAUACGACAGACUUCGCAGCCAGCUGUU